CGCACGCUCGUCCUCAACGCAGAUUACUCUCCACUCUCCGCCUGCCACCCGGUGCGCGGCGCUCUGCUCCUCCGAGAGAACAAGGCGCACGAGGUGGAGAGCACCGACAUCCUGCUUUUCUCGGAGAAGCUCUCCCUCCGCGCGCCCGCCGUGAUAGUGCUCACGCAAUACCAGUCCAUCGGGAAGCCGCGCCGAACCGGCAACUCGACCCGCCCACGUAUCCUACAGCGCGACGCGUACGUCUGCCAGUACUGUGGCGGCGUUGCCAGAACGGUUGAUCACGUGGUUCCGAAGAGCGACGGCGGGAGGGACACGUGGACCAACAUGGUUGCCUGCUGCGCCAAGUGCAACGCUAGGAAGGGUGCACUGUCGCUCAAGCAGUCUGGUAUGCGCCUGUUGCGAGAGCCUCUCGAGCCG